AUACCAUACCGGUGGACGCGCAACGUUCAGUAAGCCGCCGACUGCGCACAAGAGUAGUUGCCGUCUCCUCUCUAUCGAAGCAGCCUCCUCGAAGUGUCUCGAACGGGUGCCGUCCGUACACGUUCGAGCUCCCCCCGCACCCCCCCACGUGAAGAAACAGUUUUGCGACAUUCUCUGCAGCGGGUUGGUUUGUUUGAUUUGUUCGUUUGUUUGCUGCACAGUUUCCUCGCUUGCCUGCCCGUUUAAGUCGCCCGCACAUACGAUUGCUAACCACCCACAAAGGAUGAAGGUGAUGCACCAACCCGCAUAGGGACAGGAAAUAGUUGACCGAAACGCUACCCCCGUGCCUUGAAGGCAUACCCGAAGGCGACCAGUACACGCCUUUUCGGGGAGUUCACCGUAACAGCAACUGCCGGGAGAUCGGGAGUUGGUCGAGGGUCAUACACGUCGCCACGCCGAGUCAGCAGAGAGCGGUAGGAGGAGUCCGCGCACCGAACCCCGAAAGGACGGCCCACACCCCGGGGGAAGGUGUGGUGUGUUUCUUUUUUUUACGGCCGUGCUGUGCCGCUAGUGUACGAGGCAAGCAGUGGCAGAAAAAAUCGGAGGGUGAACGAGCCACGCCACAAUGUUUCCGCUUCACAAAGGAGCGGAGCUAUUCUUAGCAAUAGCGAUUCUAGCCUUAUGGAGCGGCAAUGAAUCAGCCGCCGCCGACAACAACCAGCGCGUCGUGUGCUACUACACAAACUGGUCCGUCUACCGACCGGGCACGGCCAAGUUUACGCCACAGAACAUCAACCCCUACCUCUGCACCCAUCUGAUCUACUCGUUCGGCGGGUUUACGAAAGAGAACACGCUCAAACCGUACGACAAGUAUCAGGAUAUCGAGCAAGGUGGAUUUGCUAAAUUUACCGGCCUGAAGACGUACAACAAGAAUCUGAAAACGCUGCUAGCAAUUGGCGGGUGGAAUGAGGGCUCGUCCCGCUUCUCGCCGCUGGUGGCGGACGCCGAGCGGCGCAACCAGUUCGUCAAGAACACGAUCAAAUUCCUGCGCCAGAACCAUUUCGACGGGCUCGAUCUCGACUGGGAGUAUCCGGCGUUCCGCGAUGGCUCGAAGCCGAAGGACCGGGAAAACUACGCCCAGCUGGUGCAGGAGCUGCGAGAGGAGUUUGAGCGCGAGUCGUCCAAAACGGGACGACCGCGCCUGCUGCUAACCAUGGCAGUGCCGGCCGGUAUCGAGUACGUCGAGAAGGGUUACGAUGUGCCGAAGCUGAACAAGUACCUGGACUGGUUCAAUCUGCUCUCCUACGACUACCACAGCGCGUACGAGCCGGCGGUCAAUCACCAUUCGCCGCUGUUCUCGCUCGAGGAAGCGUCCGAGUACAACUUCGACUCUGAGCUCAACAUUGACUACAGCGUAAAGUUCUACCUGAAGGCGGGUGCCGACCGGGACAAGCUGGUGCUGGGCAUACCGACGUACGGUCGGUCCUACACACUGUACAACCCGGACGCGACCGACAUCGGUGCGCCGGCCGACGGCCCCGGUGAGCAGGGCGAUGCGACACGCGAAAAGGGCUACCUGGCGUACUACGAGAUCUGCUCCAGCCUGAAGGACAGCAACGACUGGACGGUGGUGCAGCCCAACCCGAAAGCGAUGGGCCCGUACGCGUACAAGGGCAACCAGUGGGUCGGCUACGACGACGAGGCGAUCGCACGGCGCAAGGCCAAGUACGUCGCGGAGAACGGGCUCGGCGGCAUCAUGUUCUGGUCGAUCGAUAACGACGACUUCCGGGGCACCUGUCACGGCAAACCGUACCCGAUCAUCGAAGCAGCCAAGGAGGCACUGCUGGCCAGCACAGAAGUGGGCAUAAACGACGUUGCUUCAUCGGGCAGACCGCGCAAGCCGAGCCGUUCGCGCAGCCGGCCUGGUUCGGCCACGCGCAACCGUGUCAACACCGACAACAACAACGAAAUUAAGGCAUCGUUCAAAACGUCCCAGGGACGCAAGGUGGCACGGCCGGUGCGCGUCACCACGACCAGCACCACCACCACGACCACGACGGAGGACUCGCUGUACAUUGGCGGAAGAACUACGACACCGCAGCCACCGACCACACCCGAUCCGGGAGCAGACUUUAAAUGCGAAGACGAAGGUUUCUUCCCGCAUCCGCGCGAUUGCAAAAAGUACUUCUGGUGUCUGGACAGCCCGAGCCUCGGCCUGGUAGCGCAUCAGUUCACCUGCCCGUCCGGGCUGGUGUUCAACAAGCUGGCCGACUCGUGCGACUACGCCCGCAACGUGAUCUGCUCCAAGACGGCGCCCUCGACCACCUCCUCGACGACCAGCACGACCACCUCGACGACGACCACGGCAGCAGCGCCGACGACGUCAACGACGGCCCGGCCACGCAUUACGGUCGCCACCAACCGGAACAACUUCUUCAACCGGGGCAUCUUCACGACCACGACGACCACCACCACGACGGAACCGACGGUCGAGGCCGACUACUCGGACGAGGACAACACCGAGACGCAGCCGGAAGAGGACCCGAAGGUGAUCAAGGAGCUGAUCGCGCUGAUCAAGAAAGUGGGCGGCAUCGAGGAGCUGGAGAAGCAGCUGCAGGCCCAGGAGGACGGUUCGAUUCUGCUGAAGGAUGCGGAGGCCGACCCAGUGUCGACGACCGCGCCAACCAUCAGCAAGUCGCUGUACGAGCGGGUGCUGAGCCGCACCGGCAACGUCGGCCAGAAGUUCCGACCGGCCAUCACGUUCACGCAGCAGCAGGACCGGACCGGCUCGCUGCCGGAGAACAAGUACUCGUCGGUGGUGCGCAACUCGUACACGAACAGUCGCGUGGGACCGCAGAACGAGGGCCUGGACCAGCUGCCCGAGUUCGAGGGCGUGUUCCGGGAGAAGCCCAAGUACGUGACGCUGCAGCGCGCCCGCCCGACGAAGGCCGCCUCGAUCGAGGACCGGUACGACGACGACGAGGACAUUGACGAGGAGGAAAACCAACCGUCCACGUUUACGACCGGCCGGCCGACGGCCGUGCCGAAGUACGUCAGCAUUAGGCGGCAGCGACCGACGACGGUCGCGGAGCAGCCGCAACCGGAGGUGGACGGCGAGGAACCAGCGGAGGACGAGCAGGAGGAGGAGGAGGAGGAGCCGCAGACAGUGAAUCGUAACUGGUACCGCAAACCGACCGAAGCGUCCCAGCCGACAGAAAGUGAGCCGGAGCGUUCGUCUCCUAAUCGCUACAACACGAUCGAUCGCAGACGGACGACCAGCGUACCGUACACCAGCAGCCGACUGCAGGAGACCGAACGCGAUGAUGUAGGCACAGAUUCUUCUCUAUUGGUACCAUCUACAGACUUCCAAACCAUAUACACUACAGCUUCCACCACCACCACCACGCUCGAACCAUCACCACAAUCCUCCGAACCAAACUUGAUACCUUACAGCACACGACAGUACAGUAGCGUUGAGCGGGUCAGCGGCAACACGAUUAGCGACGAUGGCGACGACGACGACGUCGACGACGACGAUCGCAGCGGCAACCCUAGUAGUAGUAGUAGCAAUAGUAGUAACGAUAGCGAUAGUAGCACUAGCGCGGGCCCGAAACCGACCACCGCCGGUUUGGACAGCGAUCGGGCGUCGGACGCGGAGGUGACCGACACCACCGUGCCGAUCGGGCCGACGCUGCACCGGGCGGACGACACUGGCAGUAGUAUCGACGGUAGUAGCGCGUCGGGCUGGCCGGCCGACACGACGCUCGAGGUAACCACCGCCGUGCCUAACACCGGUGAAAGCGUUACGGGUAGUAGUGUACUGGACGCUGGUUUGGUGGGUGGUAGUGACACGUUUGCUAAUCCCGACAGGCGGUUCGGCCCCCCGUACGAGGGGCCCGAGGACGACGAGACGGCGGCACCCAGCGUCACCACUACCGCCAGCAGCAGCAGCAGCCGGGCGACGGCGACGACGGCGACGACGACGACGCCGUCCGUACCGUCGACCACGGUGGCUACUAGUUCCCCCACUAACGAUGCUACCUCUAACUCCGUUUUCAAAUUCACAAGAACUAGGAAGCCAGCGACUACCACCACCACUGCCACUACCGACACCCCACUAGAACCUGUCACUAACCCUAGCCGGCGAGUCGGUGGCGCUGCACCCGUACGGGCAGCGCCCCGUCCGUUCGUGGCGGGCGCCCGUCGCACGCGGCCGACGCGCGUGCCCGACGCGGCGACCACCACUGCCGCGGCCGCCGUCCCCGACCCGACGACACUGCGCACGGUCAAGGUGAGUUUUUCCAAUGCCCAGAGAUUUGAUCUUUCAGCGAGCCGGCAGCGCCGGGUCGGCAGUGCCGACAGUGCCGAACAGCAGCCGCCACAGGAGGGUCCGGCGGGUGAGCAGCCGGCAGCGAGGGCACCGGCCGCACGCGGCAACCGUGGCCGGGUGCGGUUCCGGACCGCGCCCGAACCGGCGCCGGCCGCUCGCUCGACGCCCCUGUCGUACGACGAGCCCAGUAGGCCGCCGGUACCGUUUGCAGGCAGCAGCAGUAGCACCACCGACAUCACCACCACCACCACGCAAACUGUAAGCCGCCGCCGCACGAGACCAACAGCCGCCAGCGAGCAGCUGGCCGCCAAUCGGUUCGCGCUCGGUCGCACGACCACGCUCGAGCCGCUCACGACCGUCACCGAGCGGGGCUCGCUGCGGCGCGUCAAUUUCAGCCUGUACAGUGGGCGCCGCUCGAGCGAAAGCCCGGGCCCGAGCCCCACCACCUCCACCGAGGAGCCGCGCAUCGAGACGGAACCGGUGACGCCGGAGAUCCGCUCCUACACGCGCAUCGCGGACGAUCCGUUGAUGACACAGGAGCGCAUACUGCUCACGCUCGGCACGGCCCUGCGGUACGGGUUUAGCAGCCGCAACGAGCUCACCACGGGGGGCACUACGGCCGCCCAAGCGUUCACCACCGUGCAGGACAGUUUCAGCACGGUGGCACCGGCCCCGGCCCGCUCCACCUUCCGCGGGCGGCCGUUCGGGCGGUCGGAAAGCGUGGACAGCACGGUGAACAGCCUGCUGGCGGAAAGCCUCAACGACAUGUCGACCGAGCUGCCGAGCCAGGCGGAGGACGCCACCGACAGCCGACUGCUGAACGAAAUCACCACCCUGUACAAUGUGAACGCGGCCGAGGUCGACACGACCACACCGCAACCGCGCAAGCUCGCCUCUGUGCGGUACAGCCCGCCCAGCACGACCGAAGCCGUCGACACGACGCUCAACGUGGUCGUGUCCGAGGUCAACACGAACAAAACGUUCAUACCGGGCCGCACGCGCCCAACCAGACCGGCACGACUACGCACGACGGCGGCCGACACGAGCGCCCAAGCGCCCGACAGCACGGACGCGACCACACGGGCCCCUUCGCGCCGACCAUUCGCCCCACGCAGACCGACGCAGGAGGGUUCGCUCGCGGCCCGACUCGCACCGACGGAGGAACCGCUCGGCAACGAUGUGACCGAGCGAGCGACCGGCAUUUCCACCACCAAGCGGCAGCGGGCGAACCGACGCCGUACGACCACUGCGACGCCUUCAACGACGACCCCGGCAGCCGCCUCCACAGCGGUGGAAGACAGGUCUCCCUUGCCGAGAUCGCGCGCCUCCUUCAACACGGAGCAGCGCCGGCAGCGCCUGCCAGGCAAUCGGCUGCUGAAGCCGGCCUCCACCACACCGACCAGCACGACGGAGUCGUUCACGGCGGAGCCCACCUUCCCGGACAGCAAUGUGGCCAACUCGGACUUUACCACCGUCAUUACGGACACGUCGAACGAGAUUGCACCGGGCGGGUACGACCUGCUGAACAGCGACAACCUGCUCAGCCUGCCGAACCUGCGCACCGGCGAGCAGGCGGACGAGGAAGAGGACAGCGCUACGGAGACGCUCUCCACGCUGACCGCGUCCGCGACCGAGCCAAACCCGAGCUCGAAUCUCGUCGCGGGCGGACAGGCGAAGGCCGAGCCGCCGCGCCCCAACGACAGCCAGCAGAUCGAGUCGGAAUCGAUCCCGGCCCGUGCCUCGACGCGCGGUUUUGGCGCGACGCGCCGCAAGUUUACCGGUAAGUUUGUCACGACCGAGGCGCCGGAACCGACCGAGCCGAUCAAGAAGUUUGUGCCGACCCGGCGCAACCGACCCUCGUUCUCGCUCGCCCGCAGUGGCCGCCUGUCGACCACGACGGAGGAGCCCGCGUCGGCCAGUAGCGCCGAUGGCGAAAGUCCCGCUCCACCCGCAGGGCCGUCGCCGUUUGUGCCGUCGCGCAAGCGCAAACCGCUGCCUCUGGGCGGCAGGGCGUCGUCUACCACGGAGCGGUCGAGCGGGGAGAGUGGGGCCGGGGACGAUACGGCCCCGCCGGCCGCACGUCCCACGAGGCGCAGACCGGCGUACUCGCUGAACCGGCCGGCGCGGCCGCAAGCGUUCGAAAACUCGUUCGAUAAGGCGACGGUCGCGGCGAAGCCGGUUGAGCAGAAGUCGAUCAACCGCACCUCGGUGCUGCUGCCCAAGCGGCCGAACCUGUUCGUGCGCACUACCACCACGACCACGACCAGCACGACCGCAGCGCCGCCGACGGCGUACGGUGGCGACGCCACGGACCGAACGACGCUCGCCGACCGGUUCAGCUCGUCGGAGGAGCAGCGGUACAGCGGGGAAGAGAACGAGGGCGACAACGAGAUCCAGCGGCAGGGCAAGCGACUGUUCGGGCAGCUCGGCAGUGACGCCAGCAACAGCCUGCUGCUGCCGGGCGAGGUGGAAACGGAGCGGCCCCGUCCCGAGCCGACGUUCGGUGGGGUGCGGCGACCGGGCGGGCGUGUCGGAGGUGUAACGCCUACCCGUCCGCAGCCCGGUUCCGGCAGCAAUCGGUUCAUCUUCAAGAACAACCAGCCGGCCACGGCGAGCGGCAACGAAGGGCCGGCCGGGUCGUCCACCACGCAGCGCAGCUUUACCACACGCACGCGCCGCCCCUUCGGCAACGUGGGCGGCUACAAACCGACCGCCCAGAACGGUACCGGGUUGGUGAGCGGUGAUGGGGCGGGACCGCUGGCGGGUAGCGUCACGACGCCCCGCGCACGCUUCACGCCGACGACGCGCACGCGGCCCACGUUCGGCCGUCUCCGCUCGACGACGGCCGCCCUGGGCAGCCGGCUGAACGCGGAGGACGAGCGGGCCGCCCCGACGCUGAACGAGCUGACCGGGGAGCAGGGCAGUGGGUUCGCAACGCGCCGCUACCAGCCCCGCAAGCCGACCGGUGGGCGGCGCAACUUUACCGCGCCAGUGGCGGGCGGUCGCAACGUGACGCUGCCGGGCGUGCUGCUGCUAACCACCAGGGAGCCGGCAGAGGGCGCUGCCCGGACGACGCCGGACGCGAACGGCGAAACGACGCUGCCGGCGACGGUCGAGUACGCCACGGACGAUACGAAGCAGUCGUCGGCGACCGAGUCGGAUGCGCUCGCACCCACGACGACGCCAACCGCUACCGACACUAUCACCACCAACUCCAUCACCACCACCACCACAACAACCACCAUCACCAAGACCACCACCAACAACAACAACAACAACAACAAUGAGGCUGAAAACACUACCUCGUACGAGGAUACAACGCCCAACACAUUCAGAACCACCACCGAAUACUACACCGCGUCCGACGAGACGCACUACACGACACUGAAUACGGCCGACACGAUCUACACGAUUAAUGAUAAUAUCGAUAUUGAUGAUGUCAAUGUAUUGCAGGACCGUGGUCGCACGUCGACGACCACGGUGAAGCCGACCACGCUCUACCACGUGUUCUCGAUCGACAAGGAGAACGAGUCGGUGCCGUCCUCGACCGAGAUCUACCGGACGGAGGAGCAGGAGAUCGAGCUGCCGGCGGCGAACCGCACGGACAAGCUGGUCAAGAUACACCGCGUGGUCGAGAUCUACACGAAGAACGCGAGCAACCCGGACGAGCUGCCGGUGAUGCAGAAGCUGGGCGAGAUCAACCGGAAGAUCAUCAUCCGGCUGGUCGAGCCGAACCGGGCGAACCGCACGGCCGGCGGGCACGGUAGCACCAGCAGCAGCUACACGACGACGACGCUCGGUGGCGCCGCGGGUGCCGCGGCACCGGUGACCGAGCGCGUCGAGGAGGACGAGUCGGAGGAUGGGCGCGGCCGGCCGAUGGUGCUGUCCUCGAACAGUGUGUUCACGGUGGAAACGUCCACCAUACCGCUCGAGGGGCUGUUUGACCCCGAGAAGGGGGCCGGCUUCCCGACGACCGAGCUGCCGCAGGCCGCCGGCGAGGAAAGCCAAACCGUCGCACCGUACCCGGAGAUCGAGCGCAUUGCGAGCGCAGACUUCAGUGCCGAUCGGCCGCUCGACCAAGACGACGAACCCUCCGCCGUGACGCAGCAGCAGCAGCAGCAGCAGCAGCCGGCGGUCGAACAGGUAACUAGCUUGCGGCCGGUGGACUUUAGCGACGGGACGGACGGCGACAGCGCCCCACCACACACGACCAACUACUACGGUGCGGUGGAGGAGGAGGAGGAGGAGGAGCAAACGACGCGCGUGGCGGUCGAGGCGGACGAUACGACGCUGCGCAGCAGCAGCACCGCGCGAACCACGCCGGUCGUGUCGUCCUCGACGCAGCGCGAGAUCGUGCACAAGUACACGCUGCCGGCCGAGUUCUCGUUCCAGGAGCCGUCGAGCGAAACGACCACGCUCAAGACGACGACGACGACGACGACAACAACGACAACGACGAUGACGCCCGAUACAACCACCACCUCCACCUCCACCCCGACCACCACGACGGCCGCGCCGGAGCUGCUAACGACGACAGUGGACGACGUGCCGGACCUGCCGACGGUACCCGACCGCGUCCAGUCGUCGCUGGUGCUGCCGAGCCGGGAGAGCAAGAAAAAGUACACCAAGCGCCCGGACGGGCCGGCGGUGCGCGUCCCGUCCGACUUUGCGUACAGCAGGGACAGCUCGGCCGAGGCGGACGGCGAGCGGGCGACCGAACCUUCGUACCAGACCGACCCACCGGUCCAGACGACGACCAAGGCCACCCGGCACUACACGAACAAUCGCAAGUACGUCUCGUCGCUGUCGCUCCGCCCGAACCUGAACGGGCCGGAGCCGGCCCAGGCGGCGCCCUCGUACCGCAAGUCCAAGGACAUACCGGUCGUACCGCUGCCGCGCACGGUCAGCUCGAAAUCCUCCACCCAGCGGGCGCAGAGCGACACGGCCGCUAGCACGGCGACAGCCGCCAGCAGCAGCACUAGCACCACCACGACAACAACGACCACGCCCGCACCGAUCACCAAGAUCGACUUCAACAUCAAGUACGUGCUGCCGGUCAGCCUGCCGGACGCGGCCGCGCACGAGCUCAAGAUCGAGAGCAAGAACGACAAGUACAGCGUGCCGCUGUCGCCGAUCCUGCGGCCCGACUUUGUGACGCGCGAAAUUUCGGGCGAGCGGCAGGACCGCCAGUUCUCGCCCGUCUACCGGCCCGAGCUGGACAACGACGAGCUGACGCGCCAGCUGACCAGCGACGCCGAUCCGGUCGCGCUCGAGGCGGAACAUCUCGACCGGGAGAUACUGGGCGGCGGCGAGGAUGGUGCCGACGCGGGUCCGCUGUCGGAGGAGCGUGUCGGACCAGUGUCGGAGCAGCUCGUCGGUGGCGGCGUGCUGCCGUCGUCGGCGGCCUACUUCCUGCGCCGCACGGCCGAGGUUAGUUUACAAUACCUCUGUUGCGUCGCCUUUACUAAUCGCCCUCCUCGUUACCUCUCUUUCCCUCUUUUGCUUUAUCCGUUUACCUAUCUCGUGUGCCUGAUUUUUGGGAACAACCGACCCCUCCAGGUGAGGCCCCAAUACCGUCCGAGCCUGCGACGUCCGUCCGGCAGCGGCAAGCCAGGCGGGCUGCUGCAAGCGUCCAGAGAGCAGCUAGACACCACGACCGAACGCACUAAGAGCACGCGACGCUCUGAAGUGCCCUCAGCGAGCGGCGAGCAGGCGACCUCCGAUCCGGCGACGACGACAACGGCAACGACGCCACCGUCGCUGCUCACACGGCGCCGCCGUCCCACCACCGCCUCGAACUACCUGGCCAAAAUUGCGAACCGACAGCGGCCGGCUGCUGCUACUGCUGUGAUGUCAUCGACGGAGGAAACCACCACCACCAGCAGGCCGGACGGGUCGCCUAGCCGAGGCACCCGGCCGAACCUCACCAGCAAUGGCAGGCGCAAAUAUGGACCCGCUAAUAGAACCGGUUAUACGGGCAGCAGCCCAACGACCGGGAGCGAGAGCAGCACCACGGCGACGAUCCCCAGCGCUAGCAGCGAAACGAGCCCAGAGGUAUCCACUCGACCGGUAAACUCAUUGUUCAAGCGCCGAAACAAUGGGUCCCCACUGACGCGCAUCACGACGCCGACGCCACUGGAAUCGAUCCCCUCGUCCAGCGCGGCCCCGGUGAGCAGCAAGUUCUUCAAGAAGAACAAGUACCGCACCGGUGCACUCAGUACCGGGCCGGGCGCAGAACGGAACGAGCAGCCGGUGCCGCCAGCCAGCCAGUCACUCGAUGCCGGACCGGGUGUCGAUCAGAACAUUGAGCCGAGCAUACGGCAGAACAGCAAGCUGUACAAUGCGAAGAACCGCUACCAGCAGAUAGGCGAACCGGAGGUGGACGGUGCCGAGCCGAUCGAGCAGGAGUUGCUGGACGCGCUCACUACGCUGUCCCGGGCGCCGCUGCCAGUCGUCAGCACCACCACCGUGCGCAACAAUGGGUACGAGUCGGUCGUGGACAAGGAGUGGGUCCGGCAGCAGCAAAAGCAGCCAGCACAGCAGCAGUAUGCGGCCGAGGUGAACGGACGUGCGACCACGCACAGGUACAACGUAACGCACGACUAUCCUAAUGCGGUCGGGUACGGCAGCGUUCCCGCGCAGGCGACGUCGACGCACCGAUUGCCGCCACCGGUUCAGCGGCCCCGCAUCGCUACCCACUCCGAGUACUAUUACCAGCAAACGACGCCCGGCCUCAUCUACACCUCACCCAUCGCCACGGCAACGAUCAGCCCACGGCAGGACACGACCGUGCUGUCGCAGCAGUUCCCCCGCAACCAUCAACCGGCGCACUACGAACGCCAGAGCGCUAGCAGUGGCAGACGAAAGCAGAAGGACGACGUGACCGGGCGCACCUACCAGCCGUCGCCGCUCGAUUACGACUACUACGACGAUGGAGACACGCGCAAAGUGGGCAAAUCCAGCUCGCAGGUUAAGGUGAUCAUGCACGGGCCGGGCAUCAUCGAGUGUCUCGACCAGGGCAACUUUCCCCACCCGCUGUCCUGCAAAAAGUUCAUCUCGUGUGCCAAAAUGGAGAUCGGAGGCGUCAUCGGCUGGGAGUACACGUGCCCGAAGGGUCUCAGCUACGAUCCGGUCGGGGGCAUCUGCAACUGGUCCGCCGGCCUGGGCUGCAAUGAGUGACGACCCUCACGUCGUCUUGGAACGUCUUGGUGUGUAAGCGUUCCCAAUUCCCUGCCCUGCCCGUCCCAAGGAUACGGGGAGGGUCCUAGAGUACGUCCUACUGUUUCGAUAGUUAGCUGAAGCAACUAUCAAAUCAACCGCAUAUGAUCAAGACUGGUGUCUGCUCUCUUUACAUUUCUUUUGGGGCUAGCAUUUUUGUUUGUUUGUUUGUUUUGUCACUGAAAUCGUAAUCGUACCCUUCGGGGGUAGCUUCAUUCCUUCUCCGUCCGCUAGCGAGCGCCCGGCGGAGGAGACGGCUCGAGUGAUCGGAUGUGUGACCAAAGCCAGACGAUCAUACGUUUAGAAGUUAGUCAAUAUUCCAAUCAGCGGGACGGCACAAACCGCCCGUCUUAGCAUUAAGCUUUUUUUUUUCUUCAUUUCUUGUAAGUUUACAAACUUUUGCUCUCUUUCCAGUUGUGGGAGACACGCUAGACUGUUUCUAUUUGCUACUUUCAAUACAAUCCCGAUAAAUCAUCCUUGUUUUGAGGUAAAGUUUGCAAAGAUUUCUCUAAAAAAGGGACGAAUAAAAUAAAAGAGACCAGUGGCCUUGGGCAGUGAUUCUUUCGAACUAGAAAAAGAACAUGCAAUUCCAUUAUUGAUGCAUAAUGCAAACAUUACAAAUAAUAGGCCUACUCUUCUGAUAGUUACUUUGAGUGAUAUGUGUACUGUUCGAACGAUUCGUGUAGCGUCACACACCUUUCAAAUUAUAAUUUAAUUUUUCUUCAUAAAGUGUUUCAUUCUAUCCCCUUCUCCCUGUCUCUUUUAAACAUGAGACAUCUUCACAAGCUGGCUCUAUCUUACGCCAUUUGUUUGCUUCGAGAGGAACUGAUGUGAAUGUAAGUGUGGAGUGUUGUAUCCCGACAAACUCAUUACUUCAUGCAUGAGAUCAUUUAAAUUACGUGCAAAUGCAGACGACGUUUUGCAAGCGAACUAGCAAUACGAACCACGACAUUGUUAAUGUUAACAUACUCAGUUUUGUAAUAAAAUAGAUAUACGAUGAUAAAACCAUCUUAAAACACAACAA